UCAACACUUCCCUCAUAUCCUUGCACUCUUUUCUGUGUGUGGCACUAAUCACCCCCCAUAUCUUCCAGGAAACAGCAACAUCCAGUGGAUGCACCGACUCCAGAGGCGUGGAUUUCCAGCUCUGUGCUCUUCUUCAGGAUAAACAAGCUCUUUGCCUUUAACACGACUCAAGCCCACCGUGCAGAGACAUGUAGUGUUAGCCUCCAUACAAAGAUGUGCCGUCUAGUUGCUUCUAAUUAUAGCCAAUCUUAUUCUAACCACACCGACGCCUUAUUACAUUAUGGAUGCCUCUGGAAUGGUGUCCCUGCAAGAUAGCGUGGGAAUAUUUCAGUAGAGGUUGUUGGCUGUGCGUCUCAGGGGCUAAAUGUUCCCGCAUCCUGUCAAUUCACCCGCCUUCAACUGCGAGAGCAUCUCAUUUACCGCAGGCUGGUAGAGCACAGAGUCCAGGCCACUGUCUGUGCGUGGGGAUGCGUUUCUUGUCUCCGCUGCUGUAGACUUGAUCCUCUGCAUGCAGGAGCGCUAUGCGGGAGUAUAAGGUGGUGGUGCUCGGCAGCGGCGGGGUGGGGAAGUCCGCCCUCACGGUCCAGUUUGUCACCGGGACGUUUAUAGAGAAGUAUGACCCGACCAUUGAAGAUUUCUACAGAAAGGAGAUCGAGGUGGACUCCUCUCCGUCGGUGCUGGAGAUCCUCGACACAGCCGGUACCGAGCAGUUCGCCUCAAUGAGAGACCUUUACAUCAGGAACGGACAAGGCUUCAUUCUGGUCUACAGUCUGGUCAACCAGCAAAGUUUUCAGGACAUCAAGCCCAUGAGAGAUCAGAUCAUCAGGGUCAAACGGUACCAGCAGGUGCCCGUGGUGCUGGUGGGAAACAAGGUGGACCUGGAGGAGGAAAGGGAAGUGUCCCCCAGCGAGGGUCAGGCGCUGGCUGAAGACUGGGGCUGCCCCUUCAUGGAGACGUCAGCCAAGAGCAAGACCAUGGUGGACGAGCUUUUCGCCGAGAUCGUGAGGCAGAUGGACUUCUGCCCUCUGCCAGACCGGAGAGAGAACUGCUGCCCCGCCUGCAGCGUACAGUAGCAGCCAAUCGGUCUGCUGGAGGGGUGACGGACAUGAAGUUGAUUAGAAAUUAGAAUGCAAAUGAAUUCAUGUUAGAUAGAUUGAUAGAUCUUUCUAAAAAAAAAAAAAAAAAAAACUCUUCCGACCUGCUUUCUGUAUCUAGCAGUUUAGGCCUGUGCUGUGGUCAAGAGGCGUUUGGGGGAUAUGUAGCUGAAGCAAAAAGGGGGGGUUUAAUUUCAACAUGCAUCGCUUCUCGGACACAGGGUGGAUUUUCCCCUCGAAAGAAAAAGAACAACACUUGACCUCCCACGUUCACCACCGCUCUCUUGAUCAACAGAGGGGGUUUCCCAAAGGUAGCACGGUGCCAAAACCAUCUUAAAAGCCAUUAACAAAGAGGAUCAUAGUGCUAAAUUCUUUUGGGAAACCAGCCAUAGGCCCAAGCAGGGAUGGCAGUGUGCUCGGCCCCCUUUUUCUUCUGCUUGUGUUUUCUUUUUUUUGCACUUUUGGGACUUUUUUAGCAGUGCAAAACCAAUCACCAAGUAUCUGAAUGGAUGUCAAGUAAACACCACUGUGAAGGAGUUGUUUCACAGCAGGCCCGCCUAACAACGAAUGAAUGAACAGAUGAACGAAUGUUUCAAAGAAAACAAACACACAAAAAAAAAACGCACCUUUGGGGAAAUUCAUUUGAGAAGAUCCCAAAUGUUGACCAUACUGUGGAUGACGUGUGCAUGAAUCUGUGCUGUCACGCUGACACUGAGUACAAUCAACCUCACCCAAAGAGACAGAACCAAUCAAUCAACUGAUCAUUCAAUCAGUCAGUCGUUAAAAUGUACGGACACUUGUCUUAACACCUUACAGACGAUACAAAAUGCCUUGUUACAUUGUAUGAAGUGAACAUCAGUGUCAGUGUGUAGUUCAUUUAUCUUAAGUCACAACAGAUAUGUUAGUGGUUCAACGUCAGAAACACUUAUUUUCAACAAAAAAAUAAAUCUUUAUGCACAAA